AUGGAAAACGCUGCCACUAUUGAUGAAGCUGUCUCACUUUGGGAAUCUACCAAUAAUACUAUGGGUAUGAGUCACAGUCUUGCUAGUGCUACCGAAAUUCAAACUGCUCAAUAUCCAGCAUAUGCUUUAGAAACUAUGAAAGGUUACACUGCUUUCUUUUAUGAUAACGAUCCAAAUGAACACUUCACCUACUCUGACCCAAAAACUGGCGCUCAAACUCAAAUGGGUUAUCCAAUGAAGGAUGCUGUCUAUCGCACAAAUCAUGGUUAUGAUGAAACCAUUCGUAAAUAUGAAUGGGAGCCAUCCAUCCCAAAUGAUGAUUCUUGGACUCGUUACAUGUUAUUAUAUACAUCAUUUAGCUAUUAUGAAAAUGCUGAUAUUUCAAUCUCUGAUCUUGAAGCCAUCAACAUCACUUCAAUUUUAGGUAAUAAACAUAGUAUUCAAAAUACCUAUACCACUUCCCGAGCCAUUUUAUGA